AUGGCUCUCUGGCGUCCAUACUUAGAAGAAACCGCUCUAGAUUUUAGCACUUGCAGUCAGAUCUCGCCCUCGCCCUCGUACUUUCAGCCAGUGGUCAAAGUUGAGAGGAUCUCGCCUGACUUUCAACGGACUCAGUUAUACUACGAGUCGUACAACCCGAUACCUUCACAACAUUAUGAAGCUAGCCAACCUUUGACAUCACAUGCUGGACCGACUUUGCAGGAAUCAUCCUGUGAAAGCUGGUCCCAGGUGAACUCGAACGCGCUUUUUCCCAAUGUUCCUUCGCCGUCAGAGUUGUACGAGAACGAUUCCCUCUCUGAAGACGAAGAGUACCAGGAGUUUGAGAGGGAAUCAUUUCGGGCCAUGGCGGCGAAGAACGGAGGAUGCAUUGUGAAAAACAAUCCGAGGAUGCGGCGAGUUGUGCAGACAGCUGAGGAAACCAAUGAAUACAAAGAGAAAAGAAUCAAAAAUAACAUUGCGGCCAAGCAAAGCCGUGAUCGGCGUAAACUGCGGGAAGCUCGCCUUGGGGUUCGGGUGACUUUCUUGAAGAAGAAACUCGCUGAGCUGAAGGCGAAGCUUAACAAUGGUGCUUGUGCUCAAUGUAUGAAUUCACAACGGACUUUAAGGUCACUGUGCUACUUGUAA